AUGGCUUCAGGCAAAGGGUCCCGCUCAUCAUCAGGCUUCACUUCGUUCGCUCCGUGUCGACAAUGGAAGAGUACUGGCUCGUGCCGCUUUGGGUCCAAGUGCAAGUUCUCCCACGACCAAACCAAUGGAGGCUAUCGUCAGCAUGGCGUACAACAAGCCACCCCUCGAAACCAAGUUAUCAAUCCCGAGAUUGAGAGACUUCAGGCCUGGAGACGGCUUCGUCCCAAGCCGGCUGAGGUGCCCCUUCGAGGUGACCGUGAAACGGCCAACUACUUUCGGACAGCCGUUGAUUUAGUGGAAGAGAAUGUCAGCUUGGCACAGGAGGUCGUCAAAGAUAUGGCUUCCGAGCGCCGGCUGUUCAUCAUCCGAGAUGUCAUCGAGGGAGCGGCCAACAGAGCCUCUCAAGAAAAGGUUCUUCUCUGGGAGUCCCGAAUUCUUCCGUUCUUUCGGAUCCUUCUCCACCCAAGUGUCGUCGAUUCUGUGAUUCUGGAGCAAGAAACAUCCAUCCUCUUCCGAUCGCUUCUGGGCCUUGACGCUACUCGCCUUCGUCGCCUGUGCGACUUUCUCUUCGAUCUCGUGGAUCAUUGGGCAGAGCUGCCCUUUGACAACAACGUCAGCACAUCCAAAAUGGAAGCUCUCGCGCUCGCCUGUGGUGUAUUGGCCAAAGUCAUCAACACCAGCACAUCAAACAUGGUUAACUCACACUUCACCUCCAUUAUUGAUGACAUCCAACUACGCUUGGAGACCCAUGGAAUUAAAACAGCCGAUUUUCAUGCCAUACAAGCCAACAAGUAUCUCGACUACGUCCGCCAACGCCUUGGACUCGGCCAAUCACUUCCAGAUGCCACCCAAGCCCCGCAAUCUUCAGGCUCCUUGGCCGAGUUCACGCUAAGUCAGGAUCUACCGGGUAGCCUCUCUCGGCGUGGCCGGCGUCACGACAACGAUCACGCGUGUAUCGCGGACAUCAAGCUCAUGCCCACUCUCGACGAGAUCUUGUCUUCUAAGGAGGAGUAUCUGCCAACCAGCAACCCUGCGCAGCAUCAUCUGCAGGGACUGCAGGGCUUGGUUGAUAGACACUUUCGUCUACUCCGUGAGGACACGCUGUACGACCUGCGCAAUGCCAUCCGCACCAGCGUGGAGUCAAACGUCAAAGUACGGGAGGUUCGUACAAGGAUCGUUCCGUACGAGCGUGUCGUUGCUGUCGAUGUUUCUUUCGGAAGAUGGUCAGGUCUUGAAUUCAUCGUCAAAUUGGACCAGCCACGAGCGACAAGGGGCCUCGACAAGAUGGAGCGAGCGGCUUGGUGGGUUCAGAACAAGAGGCUCGCGGAUGGAAGCCUCGUUUGCAUAGUCGACGAGAUCGGCAACAUCUUCUUCUUUCAAGUUUCGAGGUCUACCAUCAGAGAUGCCAAGAACGAGAUGCAGCAAGGAGGUUCCGAAGACACGCAAGAAGGGCCGCGUUACAGCUUGCCCGAUGACCAGCAUUCCGCCUACGUGCACCUGCAUCUGGUGGACACCAGCGUCGAGGAAGUCCAAAGGUCCCUGUUGUGGCUCAAGACCAUGGGUGCCUGGCAGUAUCGUCGGCUUUUCGAAUUUCCCUCCAUUCUUCUCCCAGCCUUCGCGCCUCCAUUGAAAUCGCUGCAGAAGAUGUCGCAGACGCUCGACCUCCCCUUCCAAAACCUCCUGACACUUCGUGCGGGUGAUCGGCCGGUGGAGAUCGAACCGCCCCUCUACUCCAUGCGACCAGGAUUCUCGUUCGACCUGAGCUGCCUAUCUAAUGACGGGACAGCACUGUCUUACACACCCGGCGAAGCGCCCAAACCGUUAGAACUCAGCCAGCAUUCAAGUUUGGAUCUGACCCAAUCCGAGGCCAUUCUCAACUCGCUCAGAAGAUCAUUUGCCUUGAUCCAAGGCCCCCCUGGUACAGGCAAGAGUUAUACCGGAGAGGCUCUCAUAAAAGUGCUGCUUGCGAACAAGCCAAAAGCGAAAUUGGGACCAAUCAUGUGCGUCUGUUACACAAAUCACGCCUUGGAUCAACUACUGGAACAUCUGUUGGAUGGCGGUGUGAAGAAUAUUGUUCGCAUCGGCUCUCGCUCCAAGUCGGAGAGGUUGGGCCCGGUGAACAUGAGGGAAGUCGUCAAGGGUAUGAUGCGCACCAAGAUAGAAGGCAAGUCGCUGUACAACUCCAUCCAAACUCUCGAAAGUGACACCACCUACAUUCGCCAAAAGCUCUCGACAUACAAGUUCCUCAACACCAAUGAAAAGAUCCGCCUCCUGCUUGCAGAGCAUCAUCGCUCACAGCAUGAUCAGCUCUUCGGGUCAGAGCCGGAAGACGAACAAGGCUGGCAAACAGUCCGUCACUCGAGGAAAAAGGCUCUGGACGAGUGGCUGUCGGGUGGGCACGCAGCAAAAAAUCCUCGCCCGCUUCCUGAUCUCUACCGUCUGGUGCUCUCAGACUUGUCUCGACAAGAGCGCGUUAUUCUCUAUCAGGAUUGGCUGCACAGAGCUUUGGCGCCAGAACUUGACGGGCUUUCUGCAUCGCAUGAGGCGUAUCAACAUGACAGGGAACGCAACAACAGGAUCAGGAGCUCCAUCGAUCUGCGAUGUCUCCAGCAGGCAAACAUCAUCGGGGUCACGACCACGGGGCUGGCCACGAAUCUAGAUCUGCUCCGGCGUGUCCAGGGCAAGGUCCUUGUGUGCGAAGAAGCAGGUGAGGUUCUCGAAGCCCAUCUUCUCACCGCCUUGCUGCCCACGGUUGAGCAUGCCGUCUUGAUCGGAGAUCAUCUGCAGCUCCGACCUCAGAUUCAGGAUUGGCGGCUCCAGCGUGCCAAUCCAGCUGGAGUCAAGUACUCGCUGGAUAUGUCCUUAUUUGAGAGGCUUGUCCAGCCAGCUACCAACACUCCCGGUCUUCCGUUUAGCAUCCUUGACACGCAGCGCCGCAUGCACCCAUCUAUCUCGGACCUGGUUCGAUCAACGCUGUACCCCUCCUUGUCAGACUCUGACGGGGUUCGCGGGUAUCCCGAAGUUCGCGGCAUGGCCAAGAGGCUCUUUUGGCUCCACCAUGAGAGUCCCGAGUCUGGACGCAAUUCUGACCAAGAGUCCAUCGAGACGUCGUACUCGAACGAAUUCGAGAUCCAGAUGGUUUCGGCGCUCGUCUCCCAUCUUCUGUGGCAGGGGGUGUACAAGUCUGGGGACAUCGCCGUGCUGACGCCCUACUUGGGACAGUUGAACAGGCUGCGGCAGAAGCUCGGAUCUGUGAUGCAGAUCGUCAUCAACGAUCGUGACAUGGACGACUUGACCGAGAUGGGAUCGUCCGAGGCACCUUCUCGGGACAGCCCUCGCAGGGAGGCGGCAAAGACGACAGCCCUGCACGAGGUUCGCGCUGCAACCGUGGACAACUUUCAAGGUGAAGAGGCCAAGGUCAUAAUCGUAUCACUCGUCCGCAGUAACAACGAAAAGAGGUGUGGUUUCCUCAGCACCUCCAACCGCAUCAACGUCUUGCUGUCUCGUGCAAAACAUGGCAUGUAUAUCAUUGGCAACUCGAACACUUCGAGCCACGUGCCCAUGUGGGCGCAAGUCACCGAGAUCCUUCAGAACGGCGGCAACUUUGGCAAGGAGCUGGAACUCCAAUGCCCGAGACACCCGGAGAACAGGAGUUUUGUUUCGCGCCCGGAGCAGUUCGUUCAGUCAGCCCCAGACGGAGGAUGCAAUCUCAGAUGCGACCGACGAUUGACCUGUGGCCAUUCCUGCACCGGCCCUUGUCACUCUGACUUCCUCCAUAACGCCGUGUUGUGCCUUGAAGGCUGUGCAAGGCCAAAGGACAAGUGCGAGCAUUUGUGCCGCAAGCGCUGCGGCGAAGCUUGCGACAAGCUGUGCAAAGAAUUACUGCGAGACGUCGCGUUCGAGCUCUCAUGCGGCCACGUCAUUGAUACGGUCGAAUGCUGGAAAGCUCAAUCCCCUUCUUCGAUCAAGUGUGCCGUCCAAGUCGACAAGAAGAUCCCCGGAUGCGGACACACAGUCGAGGUCUCUUGCCAUGUGGAUGUCACUAACGAUAGCUACCGAUGCAAGGCAGAGUGCGGUUUCAAAAGGCCUUGCGGUCACGCAUGCAAGAUGUCGUGCUCGGCUUGUCGUACGACAGAGGGUGGCAUCGUCGUCAAUGAAGAUCAUGGAACGUGCAAGCAACUAUGCGACAGACCAUUCACGUCAUGCAGCCACCGCUGUCGGGAGGCAUGUCACGGCGAGAUGAGCUGCCCGCCUUGCUCCUCUCCAUGUCAGAACCAAUGCAUGCACUCCAAGUGCGGGCAGAAGUGCCACAAGCCCUGCGCUCCUUGUGCCGAGGAGAACUGUUCAUCCUGCUGUCCACACUCCAAGUGCAGCAUGCCAUGCGCGGCGCCGUGUGACUGGAUUCCUUGCACGAAGCGGUGCAUGAAGCCAUUGGGAUGUGGCCAUCAAUGUCCCUCCGUCUGUGGGGAGCGUUGCCCGAAUCAGAGAUUCUGUCAGGUGUGCGCGUCAGAAGACAACAAAGACAGAACCGUCGAUUUCAUUCUCAUGGGCGACUACCGCUCCACUGACUUGGACGAGGAGCCAUGCAUAUUCCCGGACUGUGGCCAUUUCCUGACGUAUACGACGAUGGAUGGCCUGAUGGGAAUCCAGGAACACUAUGAAUUGUCACCCGAGGGCGUACCGGUGUCUAUCAAGACCGACUCGCACCCCUUCUCAGCGACCGAGAUCAAGGUGUGCCCCGAAUGCCGGGGAUCCUUGAGGAACAUCUCUCGGUACGGAAGAAUCGUCCGUCGCGGUCUACUCGACGAGUCAACCAAGAAAUUCACCAGUUGGUCUCAAAGCAAGUGGCAGGCGAUGUCGAAGGCGUUGCUCGAUGCAAAAGACGCCUUGCAGAGCACGGACAGGACUGACUUCGUGAUGUCCGCGGAACCCUCUGGAGGAUUCGACUUGCGGGGCUCGCGACAGAGCCAGGCAACCCAUCUCUUGAACCUGACCGGGGCGAAACGGCACAAGAGUCUGAAGAGGCUCCGACAUCAGAUCUCCCACUUUGUAGGGUUGGUCAAGAGAGACGAGCAACCGUACCAGCGCGUGGCGCACCUGGUUUGGCACGUCAACAAGCGACGCAAGACCAGCGGCUUCUCUUUCGACGAGUCGGCGAUCCAGAUGGGCGGCCUGCUGCAGGCCACGUGCCUUCUCCUCCGCUGCGACCUGCUCCUGAUCUCGGAUUAUGUCGCCUUGUGCCGUUCCCUCGAGGAGAACGCGGCUGCCAAGGCGGUAAAGGUCGAGGCCGCACCGUACAUGCGAGAUUGCAAAAAUCUGAUACAGAUUGCACAUGCGAGAGACUUCCACCGAUUGGAAGUCGAGGGACACAUCCUGCUCGUCAUGUUCUGCUCCUUUUCAGCCCCCGACGACACCAUGCAGGCGGACACGGUCGGUCCCGACGGAGACAACGGCCCGGGACAAGACAAACUGAGAGACCUCGGAGAGCAUCAUCUGCAAGUAGCAAAGGACCGCAUCAGGCAGUGGCCCUCGACAGCCGCGCUGAAGCCCGAACUCGAGACGGCGGGACGCAUGCUGCACGACGGCGUCUUUUACACUGAGAUCUCGGCCGACGAGAUGCGGGAUGUCUACGCGGCCAUGAGCAAGGAGCUCAGGGGAACGGGGCACUGGUACACGUGCCGGAACGGACACCCCUUUACGAUCGGCGAGUGCGGCAUGGCGAUGGAGCGGGCGCGCUGCCCGGAGUGUGAUGCCCCAGUCGGUGGUCAGAACCACACAUCGGCCGAAGGCGUGCGACAUGCAACUGACAUUGAAGAGCUCGCUCGCGGCAUGGGCAGCAUGGGCCUCUGA